AUGAACCCAGAACCUACUUUAACUACAGACCAGCAGAGCCGAUGGAAGUCGCUCUAUAGCGUCCUGAGCAAGCCUGGUCCUUUUGCCGAUGAGGACUGGGUCCCUGGCCAAGAGACCAUUGACACGCUGGAAUCUUCAAAAAUUUUGGUGAUUGGUGCCGGUGGACUGGGAUGUGAAAUCCUGAAGAACCUGGCACUUUCAGGAUUCAAGGACAUCCAUGUCAUCGAUAUGGAUACCAUCGACAUCUCGAACUUGAAUCGACAGUUCCUGUUCCGUCAAGCAGAUAUCGGGAAACCGAAAGCUGAGGUUGCCGCUGCUUUUGUCCAAAAGCGAGUUAAGGGUGUCACCAUCACACCUUACGUUGGCAAAAUUCAAGAUAAAGAUGAAGAUUAUUACAUGCAAUUUAAGAUAAUCAUCUGUGGACUGGACAGCAUCGAAGCUCGGCGUUGGAUUAACUCUACACUGAUUUCGAUGGUUGAUAUGGAGAACCCCGAGAGCUUGAAGCCUUUGAUCGAUGGUGGAACAGAAGGCUUCAAGGGCCAGGCCCGUGUCAUAUUACCUACACUCUCAUCAUGUAUUGAAUGCCAACUUGAUAUGCAUGCUCCCCGUCCAGCAGUUCCUCUCUGCACCAUUGCCACUAUCCCACGUCAGCCCCAACACUGCAUCGAAUGGGCGCACCAAAUUGCGUGGCAAGAUAAGCGCAAAGAUGACACCUUUGACAGUGAUGAUAUGGAGCAUAUUUCGUGGAUAUACAAUGCCGCUCAUGAUCGAGCGCAACAGUUCAAUAUCCACGGUGUUACUUUUCAAAUGACCCAGGGUGUGGUCAAGAACAUCAUUCCAGCUAUCGCCUCUACCAAUGCCGUGAUCGCCGCAUCUACCACGUCAGAAGUGCUCAAGAUCGCUACUUCGUGCAAUCCUUAUCUGAACAACUACAUGAUGUAUGCCGGCGAGGAAGGAGUCUACACCUAUACUUUUGAGGCGGAAAAGAAAUCCGAUUGUCCCGUCUGUGGAAAUCUUGCUCGGAAGAUGAAUGUCGAUCCUAAUAUGACAUUGGGCGAUUUCAUUGAAAGUCUCGGCGAAAAAGCCGAGGCUCAACUGAAGAAGCCUAGUAUGCGGACUGAAGAGAAGACCCUGUAUCAGCGCUUCCCACCUCAGCUCGAGGAACGGACCAGACCUAACCUGUCGCUCAAGCUGAACGAGUUGAUCGAGGAUGGCCAGGAAAUCGCUGUCAGUGACCCGGCCUAUACCAUCGACUUCCGUUUCCGUCUCAAUUUCAACUAA